AGGAUGAAGGACAUAAGCAGGGAGGAGGAAAUGGAAGAACAACUUUUCCUCGAUUUUGGAAUUCAUCAUGAGGACACUAUUUUACCACUUCAUACAUCUAUAACUCUCUUUCUUAUGUCUUACUGUAAUUUUAAGACAUUGAAAACCAGUGUGGUAGUACCAGAAAGAGACAAACUAGGGGCUCUGAACACAUUCAUUUUACCCAUGGAUAUUGUUGUUAUUUCCAAACAGGACCUUCCACCUAUUAUUCGUAGUUGUCGUCUGCCUGCCAUUCUUGAUGCAUCUGGUAUGUUCUGUAGAGCCGGGUUGGCUGUGGUGCUUAGACAUAUCAUACAAAAAUCAUACCUUGCGGAGCCCACCAGAAAAGAUGUGCUUGAGCUGCUUGGCUUUAAAAAGACGUGCUUAAAAGCCUGUGCUGAGGUUAGCCAGUGGACCCGGCUCUGUGAGAUCAGCAUCCCGGUGGCUGUGGAGAAGUUUCUACAAGAGCCAUGGGAAGAAAUUCCGCCAGAAAUUCUCCAGCUGGAGCAAAAGCUAGGCGAGCCGGUCAGGGUUCAUAACGAUGACAAAAUAAGGAGGCAGAAGAUGCAGCAGCAAUUGAAGUCAAGUGAAAAUGCGGAUGGACAAGAAAGGAAACAGGAGCGCUCACAAAAGACGUCUCCAAAAAACUCCAGCUUAGAACUGGAAACGGCUUUAUCUAAACUGAGUGCCCAAGAAACGGUUUCAAGAGGCACACGGGAGCCCUCAAACAUCAGGAAGGCAAAGAAUGCAGAUCUUCCUCCUCUGGAGCAUGUGUUUGCUGAAGGCCUCUAUUUCACUCUAACUGAUGUUGUUCUCAUGCCUUGUAUUCAUCAGUUUCUGGUUGCUUUGCAUAAAAUUUCACCAGAGAAGAUUUCAGGGAUUCCUCUGUUGGCUGCCUGGUAUGAACGGGUCCAGCAAGUGCCAGGUGUGCAAAGUGCAGCUACUGCUUGUAACAUCACCUUCCUUCAUUUUCCUGAUUUGAAUAAAUCCAGUGAACAACUUCUGCAAGCAUCAGAACCAAAGACAGAAGAAGCAGAUUCCUCCGAAGACCAGUUUCUAGGAGGUCCCAGACCAACCAUGACCAAACUAAAAGAAAAUGGCAUUGAGGCCUCCUUUUCUUCUCAUCCCUGUCCAACCCUGACUAUUGACUGGGAAAGUCUUCCUGCAGCUGUGAGUCCAGCACAAGGAAACCUGCCCAGUGACCGUGUUGUGAGGAAACAACAGCAGCUGAAUAAUCUUAUAUUGGUAGUGAAAAACAUGGCAAAAUCCGGAAAUAUUAUUGUGGACUUUUGUAGUGGCGGGGGCCAUGUUGGGAUUGUUUUGGCUUACAUGCUCCCGUUAUGCCAGGUUGUUCUGAUAGAGAAUAAAGAAGAGUCUCUGAUUCGGGCUAAAGAGAGGAGCCAUGGAUUGGGGUUAUCAAACAUCUGGUUUAUUCAAGCCAAUCUGGAUUAUUUUAUAGGAGCCUUUCAUAUUGGGGUAGCAUUGCACGCAUGUGGAGUAGCGACAGAUAUGGUGAUUAAACACUGCAUUGGGGCUAGAGCAGCCUUUGUCAUCUGUCCUUGCUGCUAUGGAUUUAUCCAAAACACAAUGAAGACCACAUUUCCACGAAGUUGCCGCUUUCAGGAAGUUUUAUCAUACAAGGAACACAUGAUUCUGUGUAGAUUUGCAGAUCAGACAGAAGUCCAGCUUCCUCCAGAGCGGAGACUAAUAGGGAAACGAUGCAUGGGAUUGGUGGACCUGGAUCGAGCAUGGGCUGCUGAACAGUGUGGCUACCAAGCCCAGGUUAUCUCGAUGGAGCCAGAAAGUUGUUCACCAAAGAAUAAUUUGAUAGUGGGAUCGCCAGUAUGAUAUAGGGCCAGUUUGCAAUUGACUCUACAGAGGA